AUGGACAGCCAUACUAAUUCAUCAUCGCCCCACGAAGUAACAAUGGACAUCUCAUCGGCAUCCGGGAGCAAAAUGUGCAGAGGUGCUUCUUGCGACUUCGCCGACUCCACCAACACCUCCAAAGACGCAAAGGAGAGGUCCGCGUCCAUGAGGAAGCUCCUGACCGCCGUGAUCCUCUGCGUUAUAUUCAUGGCGGUCGAAGUGGUUGGAGGCAUCAAGGCGAACAGCCUUGCGAUCUUGACCGAUGCAGCCCAUCUCCUCUCGGACGUCGCCGCCUUCGCCAUAUCUCUGUUCUCCCUGUGGGCAGCUGGUUGGGAAGCGACGCCUCGGCAGUCGUACGGGUUUUUCCGUAUAGAGAUUCUUGGCGCACUGGUCUCUAUUCAGCUCAUAUGGCUCCUCGCCGGCAUACUCGUCUAUGAAGCUAUCAUGAGGCUCGUCAAUGGAAGCGGGGGCGAGGUGCAGGGAUCCCUCAUGUUCGCGGUAUCAGCUUUUGGUCUGUUCGUUAACAUUGUGAUGGCAGUGCUGCUUGGCCAUGACCAUGGGCACGGUGGCCAUGGACAUUCACAUGAUCAUGGCCAUGAUCAUGGUGACUCGGAGGACAACCAUGGGCAUGAUCAUGAGCAGGGCCACGCACAUCACCAUGAGCACAGCCAUGGCAGUUCCAUCACCGUCACAACUCAUCAUCACUCUCAUUCAACCACCGGACAACAUCAGGAUGAUGCCGAGGAACCGUUGCUCAAGACGGCUAAGGAGCCUCGCCGCCGUAACAUCAAUGUACACAGUGCUUAUCUGCAUGUGAUCGGUGACUCCAUCCAGAGCAUCGGCGUGAUGGUCGGAGGGGCUCUCAUCUGGUACAAGCCCGAGUGGAAGAUCAUCGACCUCAUAUGCACCCUCAUCUUCUCCGUGAUCGUGCUGUUCACCACAGUCAGGAUGGUUCGGAACUUGCUCGAGGUUCUGAUGGAGAGCACGCCCCGCGAGGUCGACGCCACCAGGCUCGAGGGCGGCCUCCUUCAGAUGGAAGGCGUGGUUGCUGUCCAUGAGCUGCACAUCUGGGCUAUCACGGUGGGGAAGGUGCUCCUGGCGUGCCAUGUGACCAUCGAGCAGGAUGCGGACGCUGAUCAAAUGCUUGACAAGGUCAUUGGGUACAUCAAGGAAGAGUACAACAUCGGCCAUGUCACCAUUCAGAUCGAGCGUGAGUAA